AUGGAUGUAGCGAUUGACGAGUGGACGACAAAGCAAGAUAUUGUUCCUCCAUCCGCCUUGGCUUUCUUGAAAAAAGUUCGAAAGUCGUUCGUCAAGUAUGGGGACAUGAUCGUUCUGCCAUCAACUGCUUUUCCAGCCGAAGUAAGGAGUGAUGGUCCUAAAGAGACUAGCCAGGAAUUUUACUCUGUGAUCGGGAUUGCGGAUCCUGUCGUACUACAGGAUCUAUACCGAACCAUCCUCCGCCAUCUAAAAGCGACACAUAUCGCCACCACCAGACCAAUACCCCUGACCUCACCAGAAGCCCAAGAUCAGCAGGACUGGAACCGCAUACGAGCACCCUUGAACUUCACAUCCCUCUACGGAGACUUUGGCCCAGAGACAUGCUCUUCUCCACCUACUGAGCAGGAUUUUGAUCAAGCGUUCUGGACAACUGCAAAGCAAAAUGGCAUCGUGCAGACAUGGGCACCGAGGUGGACAAUGUUCUCCCGAGGCAACAUAAGCGAGAAAGCGAGACUGCUUACUUUACCUUCUGUUGUGCAAGCUGUGGACGAAGGGAGAAGAAGUGGUAGGGGAAGCUGUGCAGUUGAUUUAUUCGUGGGGAUAGGCUAUUUUGGCUUUUCUUACUUGAAGGCUGGUGUUGAUAGGGUGGUAGGGUGGGACGUCAAUCCUUGGAGUAUCGAAGGUGCUGUGAGGGGUGUAGAGGGAAACGGGUGGAGUGUACAGCGGUUUCGAGAAGGCGACAGUAUCCAGGGUUUGGAGGACGAGACGAGGUUCGUUGUCUUCGAAGAAGAUAAUGCAUGUGCUGUUGGGAGGUGUGAGGAGAUUAAGCGGUUAUGUGGAAAGGAGGCUUUGCCGCCAGUCAGACAUGUUAACUGUGGCUUACUGCCUUCGUCUAGAGGCUGUUGGAGGACGGCUGUGGAAGUCUUGAGCGAGGAUCUAGGAGGAUGGUUGCAUGUUCAUGAGAACUUCGCAGUAGAGGAGAUUGAGGACAAAGCCGAGGAGGUCAGAGCAGAGAUCGCAAGACUAUGUCAGGAGGUCGUGGACCAGAGACAUGGAUUAGUACGGAAGAAGAGGAAUGUUGUUGUCGAGGACAUUAACCGACUGAAGAGUUAUGCGCCUGGUGUCAUGCAUGUCGUGAUAGAUGUACAUAUUUCUAGUUAUGUACCUGACUGA